ACCAGCACUCUAGCUCCCUCCUGGUGCCUCUUAUCAAACGCCUCUCUGCAGACCUUUGAGACUGACAUCAGCCCCGCUCCCCACACCUGGUUCCAAGCCCGCUCAGAGCUGGUGGAAAAUGUUCUCCUUUGAGUUCUUGGCCUCCUGGCUCCCUGGCUUCCCCAGCUUGGCCUGGGGUUCCACCCUGCUGGACUCUCUCUUGCAAGGGCUAAUAGGAGCUUGUGCCGUGUCUGUGCUCUGCAGCCUGGUGAAGAUUUAUCUCUACAUCCAGUGUCUGAAUGACCCGGACAGACAGAAGGAGAAGGAGACCAUCCGCUCCCAGUGGUCCCUGCUGGAUCACGUCCACCUCUUUCUCCUGACGUUGAUCUUCACGGUGGUUGGGUAUCGCGUGGCUGCUUUGGUGGUGUUGGAGUUUUCCCUCAGGGCUGUGUCUAUGCUGCUGUCCCUGAAUAAGGGGGCCCACAGCAGCCAGUUGUACCUGUUGUGCCAGUACUCCCUGGGGUGCGGCAUCUCCUGCAGCCUCAGCUACCUCCUGGAGGGGGCUCCCCACCGCAGCUACAACCUGCUUCUCAGCCUGGGCCUGGCCGGCCUGAUCACCUGCUACGUCUGGAGGCUGGCCCGGCACGUCUGCACCAUGUACGAGCUCCACAGCAAGGAGCGCUACUGCGGGGUCUGCAUCUUCCUGCUGACCGCCUGGCACGGCAUCCCCGCCCUGCUCUGCAACGCCCUCAAGAUCACCUUCGUGGUGGCUGACCUGGCCGCUGUCGCGCUGAUAAACAGGGAUUUCCUCACCACCUCGGAGGCCAUUCGCUUCUGGACGCCGCUCACCAUCUGCUACACCCUGCUGGUCAUCUACAUGCAAGAGGAGCAGAGGCAUAACCCCAGCGAGCAGAUGGUCUAUCAGACGGUGUUUGUGAGAAUGGGAGGCUUGCUCAUCCUCCUCAUGACGGUGGGCCGGUGGAUGGACAUCAUGAACAUCUUCAUCUCGCUGGUGGGUGAGAUCUGGUGCCUGGUUCGGGCAGGAAUCAUGCUGGACAUCUGCCGGGCGCAGGAUUUUUCUCAAAGGUUCCCAGAAUCCGGUUCCAGGCAGCCCCAGCCUAGGCCUGAGGCCCCUGGCAGAAAAUACAGCUCCGUGACUAGGUCCUCAAGUGGAGGGGCCGGAGCCGAGAGGUGAGCAGGGGGCUGCCAUGCUCCAGCGAUGGCGAGACCGGCAAAGCCCCAGCGACUGGGACUGAAAUGUGACAUUUUAAGCUCCAGGCCGUGCCCACUGAAGCGGCUUAAUUCACAUGCCGUACGUGCUCCAGUAGCAAACCAGGCUCGGGGGAGAUCUGCUGAGGACGUUCUCAAAUGGACAGUUGUUUGCACAGUCCCAGGUUAACUACCUCGAUGACUCUUUGCUCCCCUCAACCCCCCACCCCCAACACCCUGCGGUUGGUCGAAUUGCACUGGUCCCUGGAAAUGGGGAGGCCCCCAUCGCCCUCCGGGCUGCAUCGCAUACUGGAGAAUGGGAAACCAGUCCCCCCCGCACGCCUGGCCUUGAAAGGUUUCACUUUCCCUGCUGGCUCUUUCCAGGUUGUCUCUAGCUUGCCCCGACCAGCAGCUCUCAGGGGCUAGUGAUCCCAGCCUCUCCGAGCGCCUGAGCUUGCAAUGCUCGUGUCCGGAGCCACCUGUCUCUGGAUCAACCCCAAAGCCAAGUGUCUUGCCCACUGAACUGGUGCAUAAGGCCAGUUAUGGAGGUGGGUGGCAGGGAAGAGGCCAUGAUGGACGGGGUGGCUAGGAGGAGCUUGGUCGAAGCCAGACGGGGUUGCUGCCAUCUGAGGUUUUUGGUGGCCUGGGUGGAAUGAGUUGGUGGCCAGCUGGAUCCAUGCACAGGUGUCCCUCUUGCCUGACUCUCAGUCCCCAUCCGCCCCCUGCUCAGCAGCUGCUAGAGAGUGAAUGGACAUGGGCCUUGCUCUCCUCCUGGAGGUUCCCCCUUCAAGUCAAGGCUGAGGCCCCUUGGCAGGGCAGCAGAGGAGACAAGCUGGGGGAUGGAGGUCCAGGCCUGUUAAUCCAGGACCUACACCCUUCCUGUAAAGAAUUCACUCCUAAUUCAUUGCCAAGGAAAUACCCCUCCUCACUGGGUGUUGGUGCAGGUGGGGGCUCCCUCUCAUCUCACAGCAGCAGGCAAGCCCUCCCCUCCGUGUGCACCUCCUCAGCGUCCCUCUAUGCCAGGGGCUGGGUGUCCCUCAGUACCCCUGAGCAUCUAACUGUCCCGGGGGCAUAGAGCUGUUCCUCAGGGGCUCUGAAGGGGAUGAGCCUGCAGCUGGAUGUUUGGAUAGCAGGGGUUGGCUCAGCUGGACGGGAUCUCUGAUUUGCUGCCUUCGUGUGAGGCUGGAGCUGACCUUGAAAUUGAGCAGCCCAUGAUGGGACUGUCUGGACCUCCUGCUCCAGGUUUGCCUCGUCCCCCUCGGCCAUGGGUUUGCUCGGUCCCAUUCAGGCUCUCCCCGACCUUGCACCUUCAGAACCCUUGGGCCACAUCCUCUGGGGCUGUGAUUUCAGUGAGCGCCUGGGCUGGGCUCCAGCCACCGUCCCAUAAUGAGACGUGGUGCCCAUCAGCUUCCCUGUCUAGUGAGUGCGGUGGAAGAGGGGAAUCCAUGGAGGUUUGUACUGUCAAUUGUAUGGCCAUCCGUGAGAAUAAAGUGUUUAAAACACACUGAGUUGGAAGGUGGGUGGCUAGAGCCCUGUCCCUCAUUACGGCGCUUCUGACUGUUUAUCAUUGGCCGUGGGAGGGUCCUGACCUGAUCAGUGGCAAUCGAAGUGACAGGAAAUGUUUGGAGCUACGUGGCCUGAGGUGCUUCAAUCUUCUCUUCACCUCCCGCCAGCCUGCCCUGCCUCUGCCCUCCUCCGGCUGACCGGCAUUUGUAUCUCACUAGCUUUGGCCUAUCCAGCCAAGUAAGAUGAUGGGUGAAGGUAACAUCACAGGCCAGUCCAACAUGCCAGUUCUUGGGCUCCUACCUUCCACAUCAGGCGGGGGUCCUGCAGAACCAUUUCCACUCCUACCGUAAACCCUGCUGCCACCUGUUGUAACCCAGGAGUGGGAACGGACUCCAGUAGCGGGCGGCUGAGUAGACAAUGCUAGCAAGCCUGGCCUGACUGAUGGGUCUCACGGUGGCACUGCCUGCCUUGGUGAGAUGGGGGCUGCAGGCCAGCUGGGGAUGUGAAAUUUUGUGGGGAGUUGAUGUCUUGGCUGGGAGAGAAGCUUAAAUAAAAAAUCGUCUUCUCUUAA